AUGGGUCUUAUCAUCAGUGAAGAUGUGAAACUCACGGGACCAUACAUGACCCUAAGCCACCGUUGGGGUAACUACGACUAUGAGAAGCUCACUUCCACAUCGCUCAAUCGCUUCAAGCACUGUAUAGACUUACAGCGCCUACCACGUGUCUUCCAAGAAGCGAUUAAUAUCACGCGCUUACUUGGGGUCCGUUACCUCUGGAUUGACUCUCUUUGUAUUAUGCAGGACAAGGCCUGCGGGGACUGGAAGGUCGAAGCUCUCAAGAUGGGUCAAGUAUAUGCCAACACAUAUCUAAACUUGUCUGCUUCAUAUGCAGUUGAGGACGGGGAGAAUCCACCGAUCUUCUCUCCAGAGACUUGGAACUGUGUCCUCCCGUCAGUCCUCGAUCUUCAGGAUACAGAGGAGUUGAGAAGAAAAGUCUUCAUCGAUGGGUACCUAUGGUCAGAUGAGGUUGACGAGUCACCACUGAUGGGGCGUGGUUGGGUUUUCCAGAAGCGAUUCCUAUCACCGCGAAUACUGCAUUUCGGGAUGCGGCAACUUGCGUGGGAAUGUAAUGAAGGCAGCGGACUUGAAAUGUUUCCCAAUGGUUUACCACCGGGGUUUGAGGAUUCAUUCAAAAGAAACGUGUGUGUCCCGAUUGUACAAUCGAUGCAAAUGACCACUUCGAGAGAUUUCUGUGUUCGAUGGCAUGAAGUUGUCAAUAGUUAUUCGUCCUGCGACCUCACAUUCCAAUCGGAUAAGCUUGUCGCCUUCGCAGGAAUUGCCAAGCUUAUCGAGUCCCGCAGAAAUGAUGAGUAUAUUGCGGGCAUGUGGAAAAGUAACCUGAGAGAGGAUCUUGCGUGGUGGCUAUCGGAAGAUCAAGAGAGGAACGCUUCCAACAGUGACGCCACCCAACGGGCCCCUAGUUGGUCCUGGCUUUCUUUGGACGGCGAGAUAUGCUUCUACCCGCCCCCCACUGCACACCAUCAGCCGGAGUAUCUCUCCCGUGUGUUAAGAGUCCCCGCGCGACACACUUCUGGAUCUUCAGCACUUAUUGCGAGAGGGGUAGUUGAGUUGGAAGGGGUGGUUCUUCCUAUUACUUCUCUCGAAUGGUUGAACAACAACGUUAGGUUCUUCCAGAUAGACGGUCUUCGUUUUGAGACGGCACAGGGACCUGAGAGCACGCACUUUGACUAUGAUGGAACUCGGACAGACAUAGAGAGCCUUUGCCGUCAACAAGACCUUUCCAUGGUGCCAUUGUACGCAACAGGAAGACUCUUAAUUGGUAUUUUGGUCUCAAGAGUAUUCUCACACCCAUUGUGGCGACGGGUGGGUGCAACUUGCAUUCAGUUUGCAAAUAUCCCUCCUACAUCGGAUGGACCCUGUUUGGAGGGAUGGAUCUCCGACCCCAAAACAAAAUGGAGAUUGCACGCUGAUGGAUACGGCCUUUAUACUCGUGUCUCAGAAGGACUUAAAGGAGGCAAGCUUGAGUAUAUUGCAAUAACUUAG